AUGGCGACUUCAUUUGAGCCAUCCUUUUCUGCGAGCGGAAGCCGCCAGACUACGGCCCUUAUUGACCCGUCGGUCGCGGACACGCUUCCAAGCAUCAAUUUCGGUUUCGACGAUUUGCGCGACCGCAUGGCCAAAUUCACGGCCAAGUUCGACGCCUUUAUCGAGCAAGGGCGUAAGCGUGUGCUUGAAGAGCGCAAUCAGUUCCGGAUGAACGUUGCCGAAAUCCAAGAGGAACAACGAGCGAAGAAGAAGGAAAUUGAGAUUAUUCACGUCAAAACUUCGACGUAUCAGCAGAAUCUGCAGAAGGAAGAAGCCGAAACCCGGGAAAUGGAAGCAGCCAUUUCUUCCUUGUCCGCCCAACGCGACGCGCACCUAGUCAAGCGCGACGACUUCAAGAAGCAAAUCUCUCAGACACAAGCCGAGAUAGAGUCCCGCAUAGCUGCGCAGCGGGCACAUGCGCAACAGCAGGAAGCCCAGCAGAGGUUCAACGUUCCCGAGCUGGACUUUUGGAUCACCAACCUAUGCCUCAGGAUCGAGGGCGCCGGCCAGGACGACCGCUUGAAAUUCGUCUUCACUCAUAUCGACGAGAAGAACUGGGAGAGGGAGGCGUGGUUCGAGUUGUCGACGAGCUCGAGGGAUUAUGACGUGAAGCACUGCAAGCCCAAGCUGGAGAGGGAGAGUGUGGAACGGGUGUUGGAGAAGGUCAAUGAAUCAAGGGAAUUGGUGGUCCUGAUGAAAGGAAUGAGGGAAUUAUUCGUCGAGGCCAUGAAGUCUUGA